CUUUCCAAUCUGGCCAGGAUUGGUUUUUCAGUGGCCCAACAACAGCAACAAACGAAGAGCGACCUGUCUUGGACAACAUCAAGCACCAUCCAGAUCGCCUACUCACCACCACAUUCGGACCUGGAAUUCUCAGCCCUAUCAACAGAUAGCUUCCGUUGUUUCAUUCUUUCACCAUGGCAGCUGAUGCGACGCCUUCAUAUCAAAACGCAAUUUUGAGGUUAAAAGAACAUGAGGAGGGAGAUCUAGAGCGUGCCGUCCGCAACGCCGUCGAUGGAGCGUACCUCUGCUGGCCCAACGAAGCAGGAUUUACCAACCUCGACGAGCACCGCGGUCCUAUUGAGCUCCGAGUCCGGGGACGCAUCCCGGCUUGGGCCGCGGGCAGUAUUUUUCGCACCGGGCCCGGGGCCAACAAAGUCGACAAUACUCCCCGAGGGACACUUCACAUCUCCCACUGGUUUGACGGCUUGGCACAUACCCACCGCUUCGAUAUCGUCGCUAAUAAAGACGGCCUGGGAAGCAAGGUUUGGUACUCCUCAAGGCGGCAAGCCGAUGACUUCGUCGACCAUGUGCAGAAGAACGGAAUGCGCGACAUUGUCAGCUUCGGACAGCGAGCCGAUCCUUGCAUUGGCCUGUUCGGCAAAGUCAUGAGCACCUGGGUGGUAGCCCAUACGAGGAGAGGGACCAAGAAGGCAGAAAAUAUCGGGGUCACCGUGCAGUUAGACGUGCCUGGCCUUAGGUGGGUGUUUAAGGACGGUGAUGUCCUGCCCGGGCCGGACACGCUCUGGCUUGGCACCGAUUGCCAUCUCCUACAGCUGUCCUGCGCCCACGUUCAGCGCUGUCCUCGAACCGGCGACUAUAUCAACAUUAACAUCAAAGCAGGCCUUCAGGCCACUUACAAAGUAUUCCGAGUAUCCGCGGCCACCGGGGAAACCAGGAUUCUAGCCACGAUCAGUCGGCGAGACCUACCGAUGGCAUACAUUCACAGCUUCUUCCUGAGCGAACACUUUGUUGUGUUACGCGUGCCCAGCUCUCACAUCGCUCUGAAAGGAGUUAGUGUACUGUGGAACAGGAAUGUUCUGGAUGCAAUCAAGCCUUUCGACCAGAGGAAGAAGAACAAAUGGUUCAUCAUCGACGGACUGCAGGGGCGGGGGGUCGUGGCUGAAUUCGAAACAGAGGCGGCGUUCUUCUUUCACACCGUCAACUGCUUUGACAGGCUAUACCGCUGCACAGGGGACGGCCAACCCAGGUGGGCCAUCAAUUGCGAUACGAUUGAAUAUCCCAACAUGAGUAUUCUGAAGGGAUUCUAUUACGACACCAUGUUGAACCAAGAUGGAAAAGCAAGGACCAUCUGGGGAACAGAAGAGCAGGCCAGGGAAAUGCUACCGCGACUGAAGAGAUGGACCUUCACUCUGCCGAUGAAUCAUCCAAUCCCACCACGAUCACCGCGACCUCAACUGUCGACCCUUCACCAUUGGUUUAGAAAGUUCACCGGGGCCGUUCGCAGAAGGGGAGAGGGAGUAGGGAAAAAUUUCCGCCACAAGGCACGGCUAGUGGCCGGUGUACUCAGUGGUUUAUCGGCCAGGGCAAUCUCUAUACUGAAGCCCCCACUGACAAACCAUAAGAUGGACAUCGAGGAAGGUCUGCUGGAGGGAAGAGAUGGUGCGCACUUUGAUGGGUCUGCGGUCAGUAAACCUACGGAGGGCGGCGCAACAUGCAAACCGGAGUCGACGUGCACCAUGGAAAUUCCAAGCCCGCAUAUCGGGGAGCUACCGACUAUCAACCCAGCCCAGCACACGAAGUCGUACCGCUUUGUCUACUCCCUGGCGAUGAGCGGAAGGUCAACACUCGUGGACACGAUACUGAAGACCAACCUGGUCUCACGAGCUGUGCUGCAGUGGAACAACCCCCCGGGCCACACACCCGGGGAGGCGAUCUUUGUGGCGCGGCCGGGCGGAAUCAAGGAGGACGACGGGGUCCUGCUGAGCGUGGUGCUGGACGGGUUCAGCAAGAAGAGUUACCUGCUGUGCCUGGACGCCCGGACAAUGCUGGAGAUGGGCAGGGCCGAGAUGGAUUUCGCCGUCGGAUUCGGGUUUCAUGGGGUGCAUGAGCCAAACCCGCCCCCUGUUGCCACCACGUCCGAGGAGUCUGCAGACAGUAGUGCGAAGUGAGCACGUGCUUCUGGCCUGGUGUUCUCUAGCCGGUGCUGAUCAACUGCCCAGGUGGGUCGAGCGCACUCCCCCGAAGCACCUUUCUCAUGCUGACGGCGUGCCACGUCAAUGUUGCCGCAGUCGAGGCUUCUUUGCGGGGAUGACUGGCCAUCCCGCCGAGCUGGUGGCUCAGGUGCGAUCCUGAAGUCGUUUCCAUUUGGCUGCUUGCAGUAAACCUCGCAAACAGUUGGGGGCCCGUGUUAUGGAUUCCAGCCUUUCGCAAAUUACUGCCUGAGUGCGCCAGGUGACCGACCACUCAAGUUCGGCAGACACCGGACCUAAAUGCUACGUUUUGGAGGUUGGGUGCAUUGACUCAGCAG